AUGGUCGCCGUCGCCAACCAGGCGGCCAACGCCGCAGAAGCCGGCAUCGCGGGCUUCGCUCGCCACAAGGUCGACGCCGCCCGCCAGCGCGGCCUGGCCGCCACCCAGGUCCACGUAGAGCCAUACAUGCUGCAGCGGCUGCAGCUGGUGACCUGGGUGUCGCAGCACCCGUCCGCCGCCGCCGCGUUCAUCGCCGCCGGCGCGGGCGACGCCUACAGCCUGCUGUUCCGCCUCGCCUUCAGGGCGGCGUCGCAGAUCGUCGACCCUUGGGUCAAGGCCCUGAGGGAGCAGGCGGACCGCGGCGCGAGCCGGGGCUCAAAGCCGGCCGUGCUGGUGCGCGCCCUCACGCUGCAGGCCAGCGAAAUCGCGUCCCUGGAGAUCAUCUGCGCCGCCCUGGUCCUGGCCUAUGCACAGGUGUAUGACGCAUUUGAAGCGGCCGCGCGUGUCAUCUUCGACAGCGCUACAUCAGCUGGCCAGAGCUACCUGGCAGAGAGCUACGGAGGGGAGCUGGCGGCAGUGACGGGCGAGGGCGUGCAGAUCGCGGGCCACCUGUUUGCGCUGACGGCCAGCUGGGCGCGCCUGCUGGGCCGCGCCUUCAUCAGCCGCCCCACGCAGCGGCGGGCGCGCGAGCUGCUGCUGCGGGAGGUUCCCGGGGUUCAGAUCGAGCCGGAUCACGACGAAGAGUGA